AUCUACUCUCAGCCCACACCCAAUUCCUCCUCCUCUUCAUCACUUCCCUUCUCCUCAAUCCGGCUCCCCCCCACCUUCCCCCGACUCAGUGACUCGCACAUUUUUAACUCUUCCCCCUUCGAAAUUUUCCCCAAAUCAAAAUCGUCAUCUGCAAAUAGAAACAGAAGAGAUAAUAUGUCGGACACUGAAUCGCCAACUGUCACCGCACCGGCGUCCGAAUCGCAGAACUCGGAAAUGGAAACCCAACCCCAACCCAAGAAGGAGGAAGAUACCACCAACGCCUUGCUCCGCAUAUGGCCACCGAGGCAGCGCACGCGCGAUGCGGUUGUCACGCGCCUGAUCGAGACUCUCUCUACGCCCUCCAUCCUCUCUAAUCGCUACGGUACUCUUCCGGCCGACGAGGCCGCGACCGCAGCCCGGGCCAUCGAGGAGGAGGCCUUUGGCGUGGCCUCCGCAGCGUCCUCCGAGGAGGAUGAUGGGAUUGAGAUCCUCUCGCUUUAUUCGAAAGAGAUCAGCAAGCGUAUGCUCGAGUCAAUCAAGGCCAGAGCUGCCGCUGCCCCCUCUCCUACUUCCAACUCUGUGGAUCCUACUGCUAACCGUGUCGUGUCUGCUACGGAGGAUGUUUCCUCUGCUUCCAUGUAGGCUGAGGCUUGAGUUUGGUGGAUUCUUGUCUCUCUCUCUAUUUUAGGGAUUUUGUUUAGAUUGAUAUGUUAUGCUAGGGCUUAUCCUGUUACUGUUGAGAUCUGUUUCUUAAUUGUCUGUGGAUUUCUCAUACUUAUAUUACAAAAACAUUUUGUAAUAUUCAUCAUUCAGUGUCUGUGUUUUAUAUUUUUCUUUUUCGCGACAUUGCAACUUUCAUCUUUCAGAUUCUAUGGAUAUACUGUCUAUUCUUGUCA